AUGUCUUCAUCGAUCUUCGAUUCUCCAUUCCCUGAUGAAGUGGAUCCUCGAAUUGAAGGAUUCACCGCAAUGGUUCAACGUUACUUGGCUCAUAGCAAAUCGUCCAACCAGAAAAAGGACCAUUGUUACGAUUGCACUUGGACCGUUCAACGUUUGGACACUCUUCAAAAAAUGACUGCGGAAUACGCUGAGAUGCGUAAGACAGACGACGAUUUGAUCGAGUGGAACACGCUGAUUCUCGAGUUGGUUAACAAGACCGAGCAGAACAUCUCGUCUCCACCAAAAAGAGCUCGAGUCGAAGAGAAGGAUCCUCUGAUGCAGGAGCAGGAGGCGAAGGCGGCGGAAACUGCGGCGUUCUGGGAGGAUGAUCGUAUCGAGUGUGACUUUGAUGAUGCGAGUGAAGAGUAUGAGGAUGAGGAGGAGAAUCAGAUGGAGCAGGACGGAGAUGAGAAUCUGGAAGACGCUUCUGACACUGACGUCAAAACUGAUCAGAAUCCACAGUAA